ACAAGAUGUGCAAAGACAUGAAGGAGAAAAAUGAGAAGAGAAAAGACAAGAAAAAAGAGAAAGCUGGGAAGAAAAAGAAGGCUCUUACAAAUGAAACUACUUCAGUUCACGCACAGGAGGAUGCAGAGGAAGUCCUGCCUUUACAGCGGUUCUGCGUGGAGCUGGUGCAGAGGGAGGAGCAGAUGAUGACCGAGGGGGGUCUGUCUGAAGAAGAACAAACCCAACUGCGCCAAGACCUGGACCAACUCCGGACCGAGAUCCGAGACGAGGUCCAGAAAACCUUUAGUCCGGACUUUGCCCCAGCGGGUCUGCGUGCGGCCGUGUUCUGUAUUCUUCAGCAGGAGGAGAUGGACCAGCGCUGGACCAGUCAGGACUCAGGUCUGGUCCCGGUGUGGCGCCCGAACAAGACUCUGCUGGAUCACAACGAGCUGCUGUGGAACAUGGUCCAAGAGCGACUCUCCCUGCGCCCUCUGCAGGAUGAAGAAGAAGAUCAGUCCAAAGCUGAAAGUGCAGCUACUGAAUCUGGGGAGACUUCAGACCAGGAAUCUGUAGAUGUCACUCAGGAGGUCGUUCGUCUCACUGAUCAGAUGAGGGAGGACUUGUCGUACAUCCAGGAGAAAGUGUCUCCUUGUUACCGUGGCGACGUGGACAUAUUAAACACGUACCUGCCCCUGUACCACCGCUGCCUCUCCUCUCACCUCCAGCAGCUCGCCGACGCCGGUCUGGACGACAGCGCCCUCUACUGUCUGCUCAACUGGGCCAAUCACAGGUACCCCAGGGACGUCUUAGCUCCAGAUGUGGAGGGUAAAGUGGACAGUGAGUCUCUGGGUCCUCUGCUGCCCUCAGACCUGCUGGUAAAGCUAACGGAGCACUACCUGAACAACACAAAGAGCACUACACAGGAGUGGCUGCAGAGGGCGCUGAAGAUCGAGGUGGACUCGUGGGCGACACAGACCGUGAACGUGAAGCAGGACGGGCCUCAGUGCAGCAGCCCUCUGGCCUUAGACGUGAUCGAGGUGUUGACCUCGUCCCUGCUGAGGCUGCGCUGUGUGGGGCCAGAGCAGAGUCAGAUGGUCAUUGAUCACCUGGACACUUUCCUCUGCAGCUACGUUCAGGCGGUGGAGGAGUUUGUCAAAGAAAAUCACAGUAACGUCACAUCAGUGUUAAAGGCUCAGCUCGUGUGUGAAGAACAGUUCAGGGACUUUGUGCUGAAACAGGAAAUGGACGAGCAGCGGAGGCAGAGCUGCUUGAAGUCUCUCGAUGCCCUGAGGGAUUGUGGGUAUUGUAGUCUCACCAGUGGAAUCCGCAGAAAACUCAAGGAGCUGGUCUGUGGUCUGUGGACGGAGCAGUGGCUGGACGGUUCUCUCCCUGUGAUCGACGCUCUUUUGGACUUUUUAGAUCAGAAACUAGAACCGCUGAUUAAGCUCAAACCCAGCUGGACUCAGUGGGUGCUGGGGCGCCUCCAUCGGGACGUGGCGCUGCGUUACUUUAAAAACCUGGUGAAAACAAAGAGGCAGAGCCAGGAGCAGCAGGUGAACGGAGCCAACAGGAUGAAGGAAGAUGUCGAAAAAAUGGACGACUUCUUCACUCAACGCGGCAGUACCUCUCAGUGGAUCUCGGAGCUCCUCCUUCACGUGGUUGAGAUCCUCAGACUUCAGGACCCGGACUCGGUCCAGCUGGAGUUGGUGUCUCUGGUCCAGAUCUGCCCCGACCUCAGCUCGGUUCACGUCUCCCGUCUGCUCCAGGUAAAGUCCGGCCUCUCCCGGAGCUCGAUCCGUUCCAUUAAACGCAGCGUCGAGGAGUACCGCACCCUGGAGCUCUCGGCCAAUCAGAGCCCGCCGUUCUUCUCCCAUCUCCGAGUGAAAUGGAUCAAAAUGAAAAUGAGCCAACUCGAACUCAGCCGCUGUCGCUGUUACACGGGGCCCUGA